GCACCGUGUUACGCGCUCAGUCGCGCCGCUGCCUUCGAUCGGGAACCAAGUGCAAGUGAUCGGGAUUUAAUACGCUUGUGACGACGACGCUGCGCUUCGACCCGGCCAUAGGAUGUCUGGGUUCGGGAGACAAAUAUCCUGCAUCCUGAGCAGCAUGCUGCAGCUGUUCUGCGGAGGAAUGCACAUCGGCUGGAGUAUCAUGCACUUUUACAUGUCCGGCAACAAGUGGGCCGUCGGUAUCUCGGUGGACGAGUUCCGGUUUGCUAUCCUGUCGUUCUUCACUGGUUGUGGCUUUAUCAUACUAAUAGUGGCGGCCACAAAGCAACUACUGCCGACCAGAGUGUGGCUGAUGUUGUCGGCAUUUUUCUUCAUGAUAAACGGCAUCUUCUUCACGGCCAUGCCGACCAACUAUGGUGCCACCGUCGGUACACGCAUCGUGGCAGGAUUCGGUCAGGGCAUUUGCCACGUCGUGUCCAUCAUCUACGUCGGUGAGAUCGCUUCGCGUAACUUGCGGGGCAAACUGGUGGCCAUGCUGGUGUCUAGCAUUAUCGGAGGUAUCGCACUGUUCACGAUACUGUCCAUGGUUACGACCAACCCGAUCUACAUCGUUGAACCGAACAUGCACCCGAACCGCGCUAUCGGUAUCGUAAUCCUGUCGUUGAGCACCUUCGCCCUCGUGCCUGCCUGGUUCCUAGUGAUCGAAUCUCCCAUCCACACGCUCACAACCUCAGGCAACGAUGCGUUAGCGAAGAGCAAUCUACUCCGGCUGCGUGGCCUCAGCAUGGAGUCACCGUCGAUGAUGGACGAGUUCGAGGACAUGAAGUCACUGGCGGCAGAGAGUGAAAGCCUAUCGCCGUUCUUCCUGUCACAGGGCAAUUUUCCGCCCUUCCAGCUGUCACUGCUCAUCAAACUGGCCAACCUGCUGUUCUUCAACUACUCCAUGAAUACCGCCAAAAUGUCCCUGAUGUCGCUCAUGUUCACCUUGAACGUGUUCACGCACAACUGGGCCCCAUCGAUACUGAUGCUGAGCAAGUUCGUCGCUUCCCUGUUCGCUAUCGUCAUCAUCGAUGUACUGCCACGGCGUUUCCAGUACGGCGUGUCGUCUAUCUUCACCGGUUCCUUCAUGCUUGCGCUCGGUAUCAUCUUGGCGACGUACGAUGUCGUUGAAACGUGGAUUCCACCGUUCCUCUACAUCACAGCCGAGGUGUUCAAUACGUUCGGUAUGCUGCCGGUAUCGGAAAUCUUGCUAUCUGAGGCGUUCCCACCGAAGAAGCGUGCCCUUUCCGUUUCCUCCAUACUCAUCUGCGAGUACGUUGGCCACAUGGUGGUGUACAUCAUCUACUUCAACGUGCCGAGUACGCUCACCAACACCUACAUCAAAACGCUCGUGUUUUCCGGCGUCAUACUGCUCAAGUGUUUCAUUGCCAUGCUGACGAUACCGGACACGCGGAACAUGUACCCCCGGGAGGCCGUUCAGGCGUACAUGCACAAGAAGAAGUAA